AUGGAUGAAGUAGAAGAUUCUUUGGGGUUGAAAGCACCAAAUAUUAUAGGACCCAUGGAUGGCUAUGCAAACAAAAUAAACCCCGAAAUUAUGGAGGGAAGGGAAAAAAAAGUUGAUCUUAACGAUGUUGUUCGGAAAGAAAGAAUUUUAGGGUGUCAUAAAUUCAUUAGUAGGUGGGCUUAUAAAACUGCAAUUCCUUUUCAUGCAUUGGAAGAUGAUAGCUUCAAAAUGAUGUUGGAGGUUGUUGGACAAUUUGGAACAGGGCUCCCACCUCCUACCGGUAUUCUUUGA